AUGGCCACUAUUUUGUCUGAGGAGCAGUUUCAGUGCAGCAUCUGCCUGGAUACCUACAAAAACCCUACAUCCAUCCCAUGUGGGCACAAUUUUUGUCUGGAGUGCAUCAAACUGUUCUGGGAUACGAAACCUAAGCCAGAGUGUCCACUUUGCAAAGAGAUUUUCAAAAUCCGUCCAGAACUCAGGAUCAACAAAGGCUUAAGAGACAUCACUGUGGGAUUUAAAAAAUCCCUUAGGAUAAAAGGAUCGUUACACAAGACACUCCAAAAGAGACGUCACGUAAAACAACUUUAUACUCCCGAUGUUACCUGUGACAUCUGCCACGGGUACAAGUCAGUAGCAGUGAGGUCGUGCAUCACCUGCCAGGUGUCUUACUGUGAAAUUCACCUGACACCCCAUAUGAAGGAUCCGGUGAUGAUGAUGCACAGGCUGACAGAUCCAGUCACCUUCGGUCACCUCUGCAGAAUUCACAACAAGCCACUGGAUUUGUUCUGCAAGAACGACCAGAUGCCUGUGUGUGUGAAAUGCACUGAGACGGAGCAUAUAAACCAUUACACUGUCCCUAUUGAGAAGGAGGGCAAGAAGAUUAAGAUUCAGAUUGAGAGAACUGAAGCAGAGAUUAAACACACCAUCCAAGCCAGACUCAGAAAGAUCGAGGAGAUCAAAAUGUCAGUGGAGCAAAGCAAAACAGAGAAAGACAGAGAGAUAUGCUCAAGCGCUCAGGUCUUCACAAUGGUGGUAAGUGACAUUGAGCGAAACCAGGCUUUGCUCGUCGAGGACAUCCAGCAGAAGCAUGAGGUAUUGGAGAGGAGGGCAGAGGAGUUUCUGAGAGAGCUGAGGAAAGAGACUGAUGAACUGCAGAAGAGACGCAGCAAGCUGCAAUACCUGGUGAACAUUGAGGACCCUCUUCACAUUCUACAGAGUGUCCCGUCCCUUAGUGCUCCACAGUACAGCAGGGACUGGUCCGAGGUCAGACUCCACUCCGACAUCUACAUAGGGACCGUGAGGAGAACGUUUUCCAAGCUGGUGGACGUCUGCCAUGAACUUGAAAAGAGAUUGUGUGCAGAGGAAGUGAACAAGGCAAAUGAAUAUGCCGUGGAUAUAACUUUGGAUCCAGUGACUGCGGCAGGAUGGCUGCUUCUGUCCCCUGAUGGAAAAAAGGUGAGCAUCAACAACCAGCAGAGGAGAAUCUUGCUCCCCGCCGACCCCCGCAGGUUCGACUCGUGUGUCUCCGUUCUGGGGAAGCAAAGCUUCACCUCUGGGAGACACUACUGGGUAGUUCAGGUUGGAGAUAAAACAGACUGGGAUCUGGGCGUGGCAAGGGAGUCCAUUAACAGAAAGGGGGCCAUCAUGGUGCGCCCCGACAGCGGUUACUGGGCGAUCUGCAGGCGUAAAGGAGGCAGUCUGAGCGCCUGCGCCGGCCCCUCCAUCACCCUCCACCUCGAGGAAACCCCUCAGAAGGUGGGCAUCUUCCUGGACUACGAGGAAGGAUCGGUGUCCUUCUACAACACAGAAGCAAAGACUCACAUCUAUACCUACAGCGGGUGCACCUUCACUGAGCCUCUGUACCCGUACUUAAACCCCUGCCUUCGUGACAACGGGAAGAACACCGCUCCACUGGUGAUCUGUCCUGUGGAGGGAGGGUUCACUGAAGAGAGAGUAAGACUUUGAACGGGAAGAGGAUGGCACACAGUCAUACUUCGAGCUGCGUCGUCCAACUACAACUAAAGAAUCAUCAAUGAAACACACUGUUGCACUGAGCUACAUGUUGCUUCAUUAGGAUGAACAUAGGCACUGUAGUUUAUCUUGAGCUGAUCACAGAGACACCAUCCUGCUGCUCUCAGUACUAACGCACCAGAUGUGUAUCAGUUCGCUCCUGAAAAUAGUGCUCAACAAAAGCACUAGAAAAACUACAGUGUUGGGCUGUUUAUAAAGCUGUUUAUAAAAAUCUAGCUUUAAAUAAAAAUGCAAUUUGUUGAGGCAAAUGUGGCAAAAGGAAAAACAAAUACAGAUAAAUAAAUAUACAGAUUAAUUCAAGGUUUCAGGGGGAAACUAAAGGCCAAAAAUUUUCAAACACAAUUGAUUAUUUAUGGAUUUUAAUAACGUGUAAUUUGAGGCACUGAUUUGAUUUUGCUUGAUUUGAUUCUUUUGCUAUUUCUAACUAUGGCGUUUUGUCAAAGUGGACAAGAUGUUUUUGUGAUUUAAGGAUAGUUUGUCACUGCUUUACAUCAAAGUUUACGUCAAUAUCCUUGAGAUAUUUGAAUUAUUCAUUGACUACAUACGUUGACUAAUCAUGAAGGUUUUUAUUGACAUUUUCUCAUGUUUGUACAAAGUGUGAUUGUGCAUGGGUCUAUUCUUGGCAUUUGCUAUUUUAAGACACAUCUGUUGCUUUUUUAUAACCAGGAUAUUAUGAUUAAAUCUAUCUAUUUUCUUUACAUUAUAUAUUGGUCCACAUUUGUUUGAUUUUUUUUUUCCUUACACUUGUGAAGAAAGGAAACACAUUACCACAAGAUGAUGUUUAUUUCCGAGGUUGUGCGGGUUCACUGGUCAAAGGAUUGUAUAUACUUUUGCACAAAUUAAAUAAACUUGAUAAAACAAUUAUUUGUAUUUGUUAAGUUGUGGCAUAUUCAUUAAUACAUUCAAUGUUUUUUAACACUAGGUGGUUCAGUGACAGCAGGGUGUCCUUUAUACACAGAAUAAUAAAAGCAGAAGUC